AAACUACUGCCUGAUUCAUUUCCUGCAAGUCAUCCGAUUCUUCCCGAAACAUCUUUACACGGUCAGUCAGAGUCAUUUUCAUCCUAUUUACUGACUGAGGGAUCGCUAAAGAUUUAUAAAAGCAAGAGCCAGAAUGGUGAACUGCUGCGGUCUCGUGUCGGAGAAAAAUGUCCCAGUUCCUCUGAAGAGCAUCUCGGUGGAGCUGCAGGUUCGGGAUCACGGGGUCUCCGUCAGCUCCAGUCUUCAGUAUGUGAACGAGGAGGACGGAGCGCUGGAGGCCGUGUUCGUGUUCCCGCUGCCGGCCGACGCCGCCGUCUGCCACUUCAGCGCCCGGAUCGAGGAGCAGGAGAUUGUGGCGGAGCUGCGGGACAAGCAGAGCGCACGGGAUCAGUACGAUGAUGCUGUGAGUUCGGGUCAGCAGGCGUUUCUGCUGGAAGAGAGCGAUGAGAGUUCAGAUGUCUUCAAACUGAGUGUCGGGUGUUUGUCUCCGGGUCAGAGCGCCGUCAUCAACAUCGUCUAUGUGAUGGAGCUCAGCGUUCAGGCCGACCACGCACUGCGCUUCUGUCUACCGGCCGUACUCAACCCCAGAUACACACCCACAGGUGCGGUUUAA